CAUGACUGUUGUUGAUGUGUUGAUUGAAUUAGUGCUGUACUUUGCCCUAAAUGUAUCAAGAACACAGGUAAGAUUCAUCAGAGUCCAGUUUUUACUCCGUCGUUCAAUACGUGCUCCUCUCUGACUGUAAAGACCCAAAAGUGUUUGAGUGUUGCUCAAAAUACUGGUUUUAUGUGAGGAGUUUAUCCUUGUAGAUUUCAAUAAUCUUACGUUGUAUUCCAAGUUUAAAAUUCCCACAUCUGAAAAAGAAACAUUCCCGUAUCUUCAGAAACAUUUCUGUCUUAAGAGGAUGGUAAACAUCUGCCUUCUUUACCGUCCAAUCCAGUAGCCUAGGCUGUAAACCCAAAGGUUGGCUGUACCCACCAGCACAGCACGGGAUGGUCGCUAAACGGAUAUCUGCCCGUUACGCCUGUGUGACAUGAGUGGUGAGAUAAAGGCAGUCAUGGAUGAGGGCAGUCAUUUCGUUCAGAAAGCUGGGCGGUCUGACCCUGCUGGCCAUGGGGAUCUGGGUAACCGUGGACGGGGGCUCCUUCCUGAGCCUCUUGGGGCCUUUCUCCCGCCAGGGCAUGCAGUUCGUCAACGUGGGCAUUUUCUGCAUCGCCAUCGGGGCCGCGCUGGUACUGCUGGGGCUCCUCGGCUGCUGCGGAGCCCACAAGGAGAGCAAGUGUCUGCUGCUCAUGUUCUUCUCCAUCAUCCUCAUCAUAUUCAUCGCUGAAGUGGCAGCCGGAGUCGUGGCUCUGGCCUACUCCUCAUUCGCUGAGGGGAUCCUCAGAGCGUGGGUGACUCCUGCUUUACAGAAUGAUUACGGCAGUGAUCCUGUGGUCACUAAGAUCUGGAACAGCACCAUGAAAGAGCUGAACUGCUGCGGUUUCACCAACUACACAGACUUUGUGGGCUCUAAGUUUGAAAAGGAGAAUGGAGGAAGCCUGCCGCUCAUCUGCUGCUGGACCAACAGCCCCCCCUGCAGUCCGGAUGAAGCGGAGCGCAGCGGCGUCCAGGGCUGUUUUGAAGACAUCCUCGAGACCCUCAAAGAGCACGCCAACAUCGUGGGAGGCAUCGCUGCAGGAAUUGGUGUCUUAGAGAUUGCUGCCAUGAUUGUGUCCAUGUACUUGUACUGUCACCUGGACAACAGAAUCAGCUGAGACUCCUUCAGAGAGAACAUGACAACAUGAAACAGAUGGAUUUAGUUUUUUAAUCGACAUUUUAUUCACUAAUAUUUUGUUCAUGCUGUCACUCAUGUUCUCUUCUCUUUCAGGGAAAUGUCUAAAUUUACUAUGAAGCCAUGUUUAUGAGGAUAAAAUCCAGCAACUAAUUACAUUCUAAUUACUUCCUGUCUUCUUAUGAGGACCUACAAGGUGUAAAUAUUUCAUAUUUGUCAAUAAAAUAUUUCUACCAACAUG